AUGGACAUGAUUCCUGGGAAAAUCAGAAAACGAGGAUGUUCCUCCUCCGCUUCAUCGUCUUCCUCCGUGAUUCAAAACUACCGAUUCAAGAGAGCUAUUCUAGUAGGCAAAAGAGGCGGAUCCACUACUCCCGUACCCACGUGGAAGCUUCUGAGCUCCAGAUCUCCGGCGGCGGCGAUGCGGAUAGUUGAAUCGCCCAAGUAUCCGCCGUCGUUGCAAUCGGGGAGUAAAUCGAGACAGGUUCCGGUGUCGGCGAGGAAACUGGCGGCCACGCUUUGGGAAAUGAAUGAGAUUCCUUCGCCGAGUGUGAAGGAAAUGCGCGAUAAUGGGAAGAUGAAGAAAGAGGGCAAAUCGAAAGAUAGGGUUUCGACUGUUCGGUCUAUUCGUUCUGGCUCUUUGCCUCCUCAUUUGUCUGAUCCAUCGCAUAGUCCUCCAUCAGAGAGAAUGGAUCGAUCUGGAAUUGGUAAUCGGCAUAGAAGAACACCGAGCAAUUCUCAUAGGAUGAGGAUAACAGAGCACCAUGUUGGACCUUUGGAUUCUCUUAGCAAUGCCAGUGUUAUGGAGAUUGAACCCAGAUCUCGAGCACAGACCCCUGCUUCAUCUAUUGUGGGAGUUAAACCGCGUUUGAAAGAUGUCAGCAAUGCUUUAACAACAUCAAAAGAGCUACUUAAAAUUAUAAGCCGCAUGUGGGGUCAUGAAGACCGUCCUUCGUCUAGUAUGUCCCUUAUCUCAGCUCUGCAUGCUGAGCUCGAGAGGGCUCGACUACAGGUCAAUCAGCAUAUCCAGGAACAACGGUCAGAUCAGAAUGAGGUAAACUAUGUAAUAAAGUGUUUUGCUGAAGAAAAGGCUGCUUGGAAAAGCAAGGAGCGAGAAGUUGUUGAGGCUGCGAUUGAAUCUGUUGCAGGAGAACUUGACGUAGAGCGGAAGCUUAGGAGACGGUUGGAAAGCUUGAACAAGAAGCUUGGGAGAGAACUGGCUGAGACCAAAGCAUCUCUUCUUAAGGUGGUGAAAGAGCUUGAAACUGAGAAGAGAGCGAGAGAAAUUAUCGAAAAAGUAUGUGAUGAGUUAGCAAGAGAUGUCGAUGAGGAUAAAUCUAAGAUAGAGAAACAAAGGAGAGUAUCAACAAAAGCUUGUCAGGAGGUAGAGAGAGAGAAAGAAAUGAUGCAGUUAACCGAUAUGUUACGCGAGGAGAGAGCUCAGAAGAAACUCUCCGUAGCAAAAUAUCAGCACGAGGAGAAGAAUGCUGCUGUUGAUAUGCUCAGGAAUCAGCUUGAAGCUUUUCUGGGAAACAAACAAAUUAGAGAAAAAGGACGUAGUUCCACUCACUUGAAUGAUGAAGAAAUUGCUGCAUAUCUGGGAAGAAGCAGAUUAGGAGGCAACCAUCAUACCGAAGAUAAAGAAGACGAUGAAGGGGAGGUUGACAAUGGAGUAGAAUGUGAAGAGGAAUCCGGGGAAAGCGACUUGCAUUCUAUAGAGUUAAAUAUGGACAACAACAACAAAAGCUAUAAAUGGACCCACCCUUCUGAAAGCAGAUUCGAUACAAGAAACUAUCCAAUCGAGGAAGAAAUGAAAGGUAGGAGGUCUAUCUCUGGGAGAGCUUCUAGGAUAAGCACAUCUCUGCAAAGGAGUAUAUCAGAUGUAGUGGAAUGGGGUGUCCGAGAUGAUGAGAAGCUCCUAAAUUCAGGAGAUGGAAUAGAGUGGGAAAGCUUUUAUGAACUGGAGAAGCAAGCUCAAAGAAAAAGUCACGGCGAUGAAAUACAAAGCUAUAAAUCGGUGAAAGGUUUAAAGGACCAGAUAUUGGCUGGUUCCAGGCUUGGAUCUUCUAAAGGUUACGCCAGUCCAACUAGGCAAUUUUCACAACCUUGGCCGUCACGAGAUCCCACAAAUACCUUCCAAGAGAGGCAUGCUACAAUACAGAGUUCUGGUCAAAAAUCAAGGUUAGGGGAAGCCAGAGGAGACUCCCCGAAUGUAAGGAAACCUAAAAGGUGA